ACCCCUGCAGCCAAUCAGCUGUAACCCCAACCACCGCUUCGACCAUUAAUUUCAAGCCGGCGCACAAACUUUGCAAUUUGUGUUUUUCGCGAUGGUUUCCACUCCGUUCUACAAUUAUGCGAUUAGUUUUUUCUGCAUUCUCGGUUUAGGUUUAUCGAUUUAUGCCUACAUUGUGGAAUUGCAAGUCGAGAAUGACAGCAAAUAUGUGGCCAUGUGCGAUAUUAGUGAACACAUGAGUUGUUCCAAAGCGUUCAAGUCUGAGUAUGGCAAAGGACUGGGCCUCGUCUCCAAGGACUCGAUAUUUUACAAACCUAACAGCCUGUUAGGAAUUUUAUUUUACAGCCUAACGGCGACGCUAGCUCAAUCAAAUUCCCCAAUCAUCACCCGACUUUCGUAUUGGUCAAUUUUUUUAGCAAAUCUUACGUCACUUUAUUUCGCCUACAUCCUCUAUUUCAAACUGUAUGACUUUUGUAUUGUUUGCGUUUCCACCUAUGUUGUUAAUAUUCUGUGUUUGAUUUUGACGAAUUUCAAACUGCGCAAAUUGACGACGGCCACAGCUGAACAAAUUGAUUCAAUUCGGAAAACAAAGUAGAGGGCGCCAUCAGUGACCAUGUCUCAGCCAAGACUGUGUAUGAUAUAAUUGUUAUUUUUGAUGUUCGUAUAAUAAAAAAGCGAGUAUGAAUUAA